UAUUAGUACAGUCUGUAUCGGAACGCGCGACUCACGAAAGAGUUUUAGCUGCCAUUUAGUGGGUGCAUAUUCAUCUUGUCUUGCUACCUCAACUGUCACGGUGGAUUUUUUGGUAUGAUAUUCGGUCUGUUUAUCUAAAUCAACCUUUUCUAUUAGGCAAAAAAAAAGCUUUCAAAAGCAGCUUCAAACCUACCAUCAACCAACCAUACCAUCAAUAUAGAAGAAAAUAAGGAAGAAAACCGGAGGAAAAAUUUAAGCCUGAAAUAUGUCAGAAAACCUUACGGUAGCAACUCGUUCUCAGGAUCUCUUGCCUGAGGUCCUGGAUUUGCUGAAUGACUGUAGUUUCUUGAACGAAUGCGACACCUAUGAUGAAAAAGUGAUAGCUGAAUACAACAAUUUCAAGCCCGAGAAGAGCAUAGAAUUGCUCCUUGAGCGGUUUUCCAGUGGAGGAAAACCUCAGCCUUUAACAGCUUUCAUUGACGACAUGAAAAAAUUACUUUCGUGGGAUUACAAGUUCAGAGUAUUCGGACCUGGUAUAAUUGGUAGACCUACAAGCUUAGAAGAUAAGUAUGGUGUGCAGUCAUCGGGCAACACAACCGACGUGAUAACGUAUUCGCGGCUGAGAUUUCUAUUUCCUACCUAUAUCGGUUUGACGUCAGAUGGACAAUACGGUGAGAAUAAGUGUUUUCCUCAAAUGUUUGGUGCUCCUGAAUUUGGAGGGCUGAUACCUUCCAAGUCUUGUAUUGGCUCUGUUAGAGCUGAGAUCAUUACUGUGCACCUCUGUUGCCUAAAGCUCUUGGAACCGGAGACACCUCUAAGACUCCAUCAUCUGCUUUUAAAGAAGAGAAUUGAAGAAGGAUUGCUUUCAGACGAUAAGAGGGCGCGUUUUCUGAUUGCGCGAGAAAUUCUUGAUGCAUAUGGUCGCAAGACAAAAAAAUUUACUCAAGUAUAUCGAACUAUGUGUGAACUUUACAAUGAAAUCCAUGCCGAAAUCCAAGAAGUUGAAAAAAUAAAUGGAUUUAAUUUUAACUAGACAGGCACUGCUGGUGCAUCGUCAUAUCUAUGGAGCUACUUCACAAGAGAGGACCUUCAUUCUGUCAAGAUAAGAAAUAUGUAUAAGGGAAGUUUUUUCUUCCUUCAAAAUCUUAAUAAUUUGUGCUCUACCUCUAAAAUUCCAAUUACGAUUGAAAAAAUUUUUUAAAAGAGUGGUUGUUUCUUUAGUUCUCUUAUGCAGUUUAUCUUGUUGCACAUGUAAAUUACUACCCAGAUACUGACAUCGAAGUUUACGAUAUCACUUAGAAAUAGGGUCGUCACUGACAUAUUGAAUUUCUUUAAUUCUUAAGCAAUUUUUCUUGAAGAAAAAGAAAAAAAAUUAAAAAAAAACUACUGCUCUCUUUAAAGUAAAAAAAAAAAAAACUAUUCGCAUUGUAUCCAACCCCUGCAAACUUUUAAAAAACACGUUUUUUUCUUAACCUGAUGGAUAUAUAUUUCUCUUUCGGUUCAGUAAAACACUAUUUCCUCAACAA